UGACUAGUAACAUAAACAAAUUUACAGCGAGCUAGCUGCGGAGUAAGCUAACCGUACUCCAUUUUAACAACCGUUUUUUUUCUCUCAUCUUUAGCCUACGAUGAGAUGUGAGGGAGACGGCAGUGGUUACUCCUCACUCGUCGAACUUUCCGAUAGUUUCUGAGAGUGGAGCAUCAUGCCAAGGAGGGGAAAAUACGUCUACAAGUGAAAAAUGGAGAACCGUCCCGGACCGUUGAGUUGAAAAAUGGGAGCAAGCGCUUCAGUGUCGCUCUGUAACGACUGGUCUUCAGUGAGAGUCCUGAGGACCGGUGCUAAGGUAAGCCCAGAGCCCAUUCUUCCCACACUGGCAUCACAGCCUGAAGUGGCCACCAGGUGUGUGUUUGGUGUUGCCUUGGAAACACUGAGCGAGAACAGGCAGAUGGUCCGUGGGAUACCCCUUGUGCUGAGAGACAUGGUGGAGUUCCUGGAUAAGCAUGGAAUGCAGCACAGGGGUCUGUUCCGUCUGUGUGGCUCAGUGGUGCGGAUCAAGCAGCUGAGGCAGCGGUGGGACUCUGGAGAGAGGGUGGAUCUGGAGCGUGAGCAAGAUGUCCCCACUGUGGCCUCGCUCCUCAAGCUCUUCUUUCGGGAGCUGCCCACCCCCAUAGUUCCCGAACCCCAACGCAAACAGCUGGUUCAGAGCCUCAAGGGAUAUUCGGAUGAGGCAGCCAUUAACCGCUCUCUGAGAGAGAACCUUUGCCAACUCCCUGAUGAUAACCUCGUCAUAUUGUCUUACCUCAUCCACUUCCUGUCCAGAGUGGCAGCACACAGCCAAUCGAAUCACAUGCCCGUGGAAAAUCUGGCGACCAUCUUUGGGCCUUGUAUAUUCCAUGUUCCAGCAGGACCCAGGAUGCUGGAGGAGCAGAGUGUGUGUAAUGCCCUGUUGUUCCAUCUUCUCAGGCAUCAGAAUGUUCUCCUUCCAGCCCCAGCUGAGGACACAGUGACCUCCUCAGUUGCCUCCUCCUCACCGCCUCCUCCUACUCUCUCUGCUCUUUCACACUUUGAGGUCCGAGCCAGCAGCUGCCACUCAGAGCGGAGUAACAUGGAGAGGUUGGAUGGAGCGACCAUCUCAGCCUCUGCAGCCAUUGAUUUUAACCAAACAAUAUGGAUGCACAGUCAGCUCAACAGUCCUGACACUCUGGGUUGUGAAACCAGCUCUGACGUCAGUGCUGACAUUCAGAAGCUGAUUGCAGACCAGGAGGCCCUGGAUGAGAGCAGUAAGAGUACAGAAGGUGGCUGUGUGCCAUCCUGCCCCGCUGACCCAGGGUCAGUGCAACACCCGCACCAGAGCACACCACCCCAAGAGCCACCAGACUCGGAGUGUACCACACAGGGGACCUUCUCACAGUACAAGAUGUCACCAUUCACCUCCAUAUCGAAGGAGAAAGACGAGGAACAAGUAGAGAAUCGAAUGACACCUUCCUCAUCCACAGCAGAUGACUUUUCAGCGGCUUCUACAGAAGCGGGGAGGACGUCCUCUGGUUCAGACUGCUUCACAGCGAAUGAAUCACAGAGCAAAGCCAAAACAUACACAGAGAGGAUGCUGUGCUGCAUGAAGUACAAGACAGAAGACCGAACCACAGUGUCUGAGUGGAAGGCGAGAAGAGGAGGAGGAGGAGGAGGAGGAGGAGGAGGUGGAUGUGGAUGUAGUGGUUCUCCUGACAGACACAGUGAUUGCAGGGGCAGGAACAACAGCCUUGACAGUCCGUCCCUUAAGCUACAAGCUCUGGAGGCUGACGUGGGACCCCUGCCACCACUGGAAGACUCCCAAGCUCAGGAUGACCUACCUGCCCAGCCACAACCACUGUGUACUGAAGAGCACAGCUUGUAUUUGACCCACAAGCUGGUCCUCCACCCGCCACCGUCACCAGCAGCUCAGGACCGGCAGACGGUCGAGUCAUCGCAGCCUGCACACAGCCCGUCCCCUAACUCCUCAGCGUCCAGCCCUUUCCUCUCCACUGCAGUUCUUUCUGAGGUGACUUCAGGAGAUGACACCCUGCCGAGCCCACCGGGCCCUCACACCAGUCCACUUCUUUCCAGAUUCACGACGACUGACAACCCCAUUCCCUCGCCGCGCUGCCCCAACCUCAGUCACAGCCUGCGCUACAACCUCGACCCUGAUACAGCCCCUUCUCCACCGUGCUCACAGCACAUACGCAUGGCUCGCAGCGGCGUCCAUGCAGAACCAGAUGAGGGCUCUGUGUCCAUCUCAAUGCUCAACAGACACAUUCACACCCUGAGGAAGAGGAUAAGGCGUUUUGAGGAGCGUUUUGAACAGGAGAAGCACUAUAAGCCAGCCCAUAAUGACAAGACAGCACAUCCAGAGAUGGCCAGACUGAUGAAGGAGCUCAUCAAGAGUCGCAAGCAGCUUAAAGAGCUAAAGCUGAGACAGUCAGAAGAAGGUGGGCUGGGAGGACAGAGAGGCUUCAACCCUUCCACUGAAACAUGCAGGACCAGCACAGACAGAACUGAGCUGCAGCAACUCAACAACAACAGCAACGCCAAGCCAAAUGUGGAGGAAACGGUCAACAUAAUGACCAACAGACUGAAGGAGAGACGACAAGAACUGGGCCUGCCUGAGAGCAUCAAGGAGAUGUCCCAUUUCCAGAUGACUAUGGAGAAGACCAGCCUGCAGAAAUGUUUGCUCUACUUUGAGAGUCUGCACGGACGACCAGUUUGUAUUUGUAUUUGUCCUCAGAGCACCAGACAGGAGCGAACUCUGAUGAAACCUUUCUACGAUCGGUACCGCCUUCUUAAGCAUCUGCUGCAUUCUUCUGCUGCUGCAACAGUCAUUACGACCAUUGAGGAAGAGGAUGGGUCUGAUGAAGAGCGUCCCAAGCAGCGAAGCCCCAGGCAGCAGCCGCUCUGGCUGAAGUCUCCCAGGUGUGUGUCUUCAGAUGAGUCGCUGCGUCUGUCAUCUCCUGAAAUGUCUGAGACACCUCUGGUGUCCCCGAUGGAGGAGGCGAAGGGUCUCCAGCCACAGAUAAUCACCAUGGCAACACUACAUGAAGCUUCCAGACAAGAAUUACUGGAUCACCUCAGGAUGGCUCGAUUAGAGAAGCGGCGGCUUCACCAGACUCUCCGGGAGUUUGAGGACCAUUUCUACAAGCAGACCGGCAGGGCUUGUCAGAAGGAGGACCGUGGACCGAUGGCAGAGGAGUACUGCCAGUACAAGAACCUCAAAGCAAAGCUCCGUCUACUGGAGGCCCUGCUCAGUAAACAACAGCACUCAACCAAGGCCAGUUGAGUCACAGUGGGACUUUCAUCAAACUUUGCAGGACUCACACAUUUCUGGAAAAUCAGGUCGUGAAGCCGGUAUGUCUAGAGUUUCAUGCCAUGCUCAUAAUGUUGAUGCACUUUACGUGAAGAAAACUGAUGUAAUUGGUGACAAUUUGAAUUAAACGUGGGGCAACUGCAGAGCUUUUAUUAGUCCCAAAAACACAUCCUUUGUCAUUCAUGAUGCAUCUUAUUAUAAACCUGAUGUAGCAAGUGUAUUUUAUGUAGCACUAAUUUAUAUCAAGGACAAAGAGCCGUAACAACUUGAUGUUAGUUACAUAAGAAUAUGAGUAGUUAUAUUAUGGCACUUUGUUACUUGCUUUUUUUUCUGUGCCAAAAUACUAUUUUCAUCCAUAGUUAAUGUGGAAACUGCAUUUUGAACAAGUGCAAUCUUGGAAACAAAGGUGUAAGCUUAAAUGUAAUGAGACAAUCCUGUAGUGUUUGUGCAUGUCAGGUUCAUAGUCCUACAUUGUGCUAUGAUAUGCAUUAAUAAUUUCAUCGUCGAUCCAAAUCGUUCAAUUAUCAUGCUCACCGUAGAAAAAAAUGUGAAAGUUGGUGAACGUCGGCAUUGUAGUGCAAGUUAUAUCUGCUCAAAUUUGUGUUCUUCCCCCUCAUUUUGCCUGUAUGAAGUUAAUUCAUACCCUAAAUGCAGUUGUUGACAAUGAUCAGAGUUUUUGACAUUGUGCACUUCUGGUUUAUAGAAUUUUCUAUAUAUAUAGCUAUAUAUAGAUAUAUAUAUGAAUGUAUCAAUAAAAAUAAAUAUUUUUUCACAUUUAUUCUGCUAAA